AUGAGGGUCUACGCCAGGCAACAACAUUUGAUUGAACUGAUUCGGCAGCGUGAAACAGAAGCAGCCUUGGAAUUUGCACAGACACAGUUAGCAGAACAAGGAGAAGAAAGUAGAGAAUGCCUGACAGAAAUGGAACACACUUUGGCUUUGCUUGCCUUUGAUAAUCCUGAAGAAUCACCCUUUGGAGAUUUGCUUAAUAUGAUGCAACGGCAAAAGGUGUGGAGUGAAGUUAAUCAAGCUGUCCUAGACUAUGAAAAUCGUGAGUCAACACCUAAGUUGGCAAAGUUACUGAAGCUACUACUGUGGGCUCAAAAUGAGUUGGACCAGAAGAAAGUAAAAUACCCCAAAAUAACAGACCUCAGCAAGGGGACAAUUGAGGAACCCAAGUAAAAUAUGUGCAGAAGGACAGCAAGCAACUUUACUACUGCACAUUAUUCUUCAUUUAUAUCAGUCUGUGACUGAAAGAUUUUUACUACAGUACAGGACUUGAUUUUUUUUUUUGAGCAAACAUCUUAUUUAAAGGGAGAAAUGAUCCUUUAAAUGCUGGGAAAAAUGUUGCAUUGAAAGGCGCUGUAUCUCUUUGAAAGUCUGAUUUAGGCUAUGCACUAUGAUACAUUUUUAAGAAUUAGACAAAUUGCAUUUUGCAUUUUAACAUCCCAGUGCUUUUCUGAUUGGCCACUGAAGGAUUUUAGUUUAGUAGCCAUUCAAGCGCUGCAUUAGUAAAGAGUAUCAGUUCAACUGAAUGCCUCACACUUAAAAUGUUUGUAGAGCACUGAUUACUUGCUUUAUGUUAAGUUAUAGUAGCCAAAUAAUGCAUUUUCUUAACCCCAAAGUUCUGUCAAGUUUUCAUCAAGUAUUUUCCUCUGGGUCCU